AUGGACAAGCUCAAGAUGAAGAGGACCAAGCGAAGGGCCCAGAACACCAAGCUUAUAAAAGAGGCAAGUGCGGUACUUGAGAAUGAUGACGCGACAGUGCGACACAUCGACUCGAUUUAUGAGAGGCUCAAGAGCAACAACGAGGAGCUGAAGAAGAUUAACGAUGAGAUGGAGAGCCACAUAAGUGACGAGACAUUUGAGGCGGAGUACGCUACCGUGAUUGAACACGAGGACAACGCGACCCGCAUCUUAGCCGAGCUCCAAAGCAAACGCCGCCAGCAUAGCGAAACAUCUCCAGUGUCACCGCACAUCGAAGUUCGCGACGUGCCAGCGGCUAUGGGACCCUCUGAAAGGCCAGGUGCCAAGUUACCGAAGCUUACGAUUAACCCUUUCGCUGAAGAAUUCCGCGGAAUCAUCGGCAAGGAAAAAGGAAGACUCCAGCGAUAUGAGACCCGACUCGGAGAGCGUGUUCCAACACGCAAAAGUCAGAGCCUGGAGCCGGCCUUUCAUGCUAGCCAAAAGCGAGUCAUCCAGGCGAAGGAUUACGCACUGCAUGAAGCUCAAGCUCUAAGAAACGUGAACGAGCAGGCCACUUCAAUGAAAACUGAGAUGGCCGAGCUGCGACUGAAGUUGCGCGAGGAGCAGACUGCUCGUGAGCGGGAGCACAGAGCCCAUGAAAACAAGCUGAAGGAGCUUCAACGCUUGCUUUCUGAGAAGCAAACUUUUCGUGAGAACAUUGAAGAUAAUCUGGAGAAAGUCGUGAGAGAAGCUGCUCAGGCACACAUGACCAAGGAGUACGAGUCCAAAAUACAGAAGUUGACCCAGGAGUUGGACGAGGUGCGCAAGCGGCUGCGUGUGUCGGAGGAGAAGCUCACGCUGAUUUUUCCUGUGCUGCUCAAGAUGCAGCAGUUGGGCAUGGAACAAUGCGAUAAUGAGUUGGAGAAACAAAAAAGACAGCCAGGACAUGUCGUGGAGCACCAGCAGACGAUGAGAAGAGAGACAGAAAUGGGUAGCCUGGAGAAUCGUCUAAAGGAGUUGUCUCAGGCAGGAAGAACACAUGAUUGGUUGCGCAUGCAAGACUGUGCUGCCAUCCAGCAAGUUCAAGAGCGUCCCUCACUGCUCACACGAGAAGACGCAACUUCAUCCAGCGCUGCAAGAAUCGGACCCAAGAAUACAGAACUGCCUUCCCAGCAAAUAAAACCUGAACGUGAGGACAUCGCUGGACCGUUUUGGCAACAGGCGCCUGCUGCUGAAACUGUCGAAGCAGCAUGUGCUGAGAGCUCUAUGGACCUGCUCGCCUACAUCCGCGAGCUGGCAGGAGAGGACGACCUCAUUCUCCAGGCCAAAUGGCGAGAGAAGCUCCGGCAUGUGAAGGAUUAG